UUCUCACAGACCUGCAGUUCUCUGAGCUACCGGAGACCCUAUACGCUUCAUCCCUUUUCAGAUCUUCCAUAAAGAUGGUGAACAAUGAAUGGUUUUGGACAACGGAUGGACCACCAUUCAUCUCUGGCCCAAGCAGUUCUUCCCCGUGAAAAAACACCUGCAGGCAUAUUCUAGGUGAUCCAGCAUCUCACUGUAGUACACUUACUGCUCUUUUCUGGCUUAUGUUUUAACCCUACCUAAUGGAAAGUAUCUUUGGAAUAGAUGGAAUAGCAACUCCCUGGUGUGUCCUGCAGGUUUCUGUAUCAUCCACGGUUGUAGCCUGGUGUCUGUGCAUUCCCAUAGGGGACCAGCUCCCAGAAGUGUUCAGGGGUCUUUCCUGCAGCAGUCAGUUGGAGAAUUUCAGGUUGUGGACAGCCCAGUAGCGAGCAUAUCGUCAUCUUCAUAAUCACAUUUCCUCCUUGGGUGUGCUUUAAACUUUUUAAUGAAGUGAUGUCAGCUCCUGCCUUCCACCUGGAAGACAAAGCUUCCUUAGAGGUCUGCCUUGUUUCCUCAGCCGAAUGUGUCCAUCAUCCCCUUGCAGUAGGAAGACUUUUGAAGCCUCCCACACUGUUUGCUUUGACCGCUGGGUGACCAACAGCUGCAUUUCCCCUCCACAGCCCCGUCUGUUGUGGUUCGGCAGCUGCAGCAGACGAGCUGGGCAGCGCUUCCUCUCCAGGUAUUUGCUGUGAAGUUCUUUGGUGUUUGCAUCUUUAACAAGCGCACCGUUAUGCUUCCUUGCUGGGCGGUGCUGUAGCCAAUGUACAUUAAUCCAGCCUGCCUUUCUGUUCUCUUUCUCGGCCUCUCUCGGGUGCUAUCUUGGCCUGAAAGGAACUGAAAUGGCAGCAGAGGCAGCAGGUGGAGAGGUUUGGCGAGGGCGAACCCUCCAAGAAUCACGCAGAGGGAAAACUCAGGACUCAUGUGUCAGGGCACGUGUACACGUUUCAAAGCACUUCAUGUUUCCAGGAACAUCAGCUGCACGCCUUUUAAAAGGGCUUCGGGAUCAUCUUUUAAACAUACUGUACAACUGCUUGUGCUUGCCAUGCUUUCCUUCACUGUAAUCCUCUCUCAGAAAUGAUGGCAGUGCUGUGUGAGCACACUUCCAGCAAACUCUUAGCACCCGCAAACCAUUUACACCCGUCUGAGUGCUGUGACUAAGCCUGCAAAGCAGUUUCAGAUUGUCAUAAGUGGGUAACAGAAAAGCUGAAAAGAAAAACAAGCAUCCAGCUUAGCAUUUUGGUAAUUAAGGAUUUUGGUAAUUGGCAACCUGCUCAGGAGAUUUUUGUGUACCUGAAGUACAAAGGGACAUGAAAGGAAGGGGAGAAACAAAAUAAGAAAUGGCUAGAGACAGCAAGCAAUCUGUGGCUCUUGGCUUGUUCUCUCUUUUAAAAAAGCCCAGCAUAAAUUGUCAGAAAACAGCCCUGCACAGCUAACAAUAUUGUGCUGCUGUGGUUAACUGCUCUUUGUUUUUUCUUGCUGCGUUUUUUUCUUUGACCAUUGGUUUUCAUUGGCUAUUACCUGACUAUUAGCAGCAUGUCUGUAGCUAAUUCCUUCUUGCCCACAAUGGCAGUAAGAAUUUGCACACCUAGAAAUUAUGAGUAAGAAAGUAAGGACAAGCUAUAUGUGUGCGUGUUUGUGUAGAUAUAUUUUUAUUUUUUUUUAUUAUUUUUUUUUAAGAAAAAUGAAUUUCUAUAUGGCUGCUAUAUAAUUUUCUGGCUGGAGCAGAAGCCAUACGGUCAUGCUACUAAAAUUAGGCUCUGCUUGUCACAAGCUGCAGAGGCUAUGGCAGCCUGAAGAGGAGGAAAAAGGCUUUCCUGACCUUCGUUUGGCCAGAGUCGAAAAAGUAGCUGGAGUUUAAUGUGCUGGCUGGUUGCGGUUAGCUAGAGUCACACCUAGGCUUGUUCUUUGCCACCCCAUCUAAUUUGUGUGUACACAAAUUAAAACUGCUUCAUCUCAGAUGGGAUUUUAAUAUGUCAAAAAUGCUUUUUUUUUUCCUAGUGGAGACAUGAUUUAUUUCCCACAGCCUUAUCUCUGUGCUAAACUACAUCAUGCGGUAAAAGUAGAGAGCACAGCAAAAAUGACUUGUAAUGAAGCGUCACGUCAGUGCCUUGCAAAAUGCGUUUGUCACGCCUAAAUGAAAAAAAAAAAAAAAAAAAAAAAAGAGUGAAAAGAAAAGAAAAAGGUGGGCAAUAACUCUCUCUGUAAGAAUAGGUCUCAGUUUGCAAACAGGCUUAACUUCUGGGAAGCUCCCAGAGCGGUUCAGAACUACUGAGCUGCGAGACUCCAGGCUUUUGUGGUUCUGCCCCUGGGGUUAUGAACAAGUGUAGCACUUCAUGAAGCCACUUGGAUAUACAGUUCCAAAAAACAAAAAUACAAAUGUGCGUUGUUACUAAGAAAAGAAAUGAAUGUAAUUCCUUGUUGUGUUUAACAUAGGUUUGUUCUGCCAUGGUUUUUUUCUGCGUGAAAAUUACAGCUGUCUCAUCAGUAGUCAGAUUUUGAUGUGCUGAGGAUGUGUUUCCUCUGGGGACAUGCAGACUGUUCUGUUGUUCAUGAAUCUCUGACCUUACACACCACCAAGUUUUGUCCUGUCUCAUAAAAGCGUCCGCUAAAAUCCACAUUGCUCAGAGACUGUAAGCGAAGUGACCCGACUCAGGUGAGCUGGCAGUGACCCUCGCUGAACCCGCAGCCAUCCCACAAAGCUGCUUUUGUACAGGAUGCUUCAGCAGAAAGGGAGCAAACCUGCUGGGGUGGCAGAAAGCUUUGCUGCGAUAGCUGCGACCCCUCCAGAAGUGCUUUGUCACCGUGCCGGGCUGCAUUCACCACGGAGAACAACGUCCCACCGUGUCACCGCAGGGCACGUCACACAAAGAGCUGGUUUGGUUACGUGCGAUGCAGGCAUGCUACGAACAUGUUGUACCCGCAGCAGGAGGUGCGUGGCCGGGUUGCCGUGGCACCGGGCUGUGUUGACGAAGGGGCGCCAUGGCCCGCAGGCAGCUGGUGGCGGUGGCGGUGACGGGGCUGCUCCAGGACCCGGCUUUCCACGUGGCCAAGUGCGCAGCUGAGGCGCUGAAGCUGAAGUUUCCAAGCAAGUUUGCGGAUCCUGUAAUAUGUCCUUUAUUAGAAUUUGCAUGGCAUGAAUAUUUACAGGAGAAAAAGAAGGAACUGCGGGGCGAGGUGUGGGCCUACGCCUCCCGCGUGAUGUGCUUUGUUGACGGGCGGCUGCUGGGGGACGAGAAGGAGCUGCUCAGGUGGGCCCUCCACCAGUGGGACUACCGUGAUUUUAGGCCCGAGGUGCUUUAUCAGGCCAUCUCUGAGGAUUUCUACACCAAGCACCUGAAGAACAGCCAGCAUGUGUUUGUGUACCUGGACAUAGCCAUUGACAAGCAGCCCAUCGGGACACUUCUGUUUGAGGUAUGGUGCUGUGAAGAACAGCAAAAGCAAAGAGCAAAAAUAGCAAAUGUGGUGGUUUCACUUGCCAAAGGAGGGGGGACCAAAAUCCGACCAGUUGGCAUCGGUUAUGAAUUUCACGUUUCUCCUCUCACACUCACUUUGCAGCUCUUUUCUGAUGUGUGCCCCAAAACCUGUGAGAAUUUCCGUGCUCUGUGUGUUGGAGGAGUGAAGUCUCCUUACAGCGGCCGAGAGCUGACAUACAAAAAUUCCUGUUUUCAUCAGCUGGUAAAGAACGGGUGGAUCCAAGGAGGAGACAUAGUCACUGGGAAAGGAGAUGGAGGAGAGUCAAUCUAUGGUCCCACCUUUGAAGAUGAAAACUUCGCCAUCCGUCACAAGGGAAGAGGAGUCCUCGGGAUGGCCAACAAGGGCCGCCACAGCAAUGGCUCCCAGUUCUACAUCACCCUCCAGCCAGUUCCCUACCUGGACAAAAAGUGCGUGGCCUUUGGGUAUGUAUGCACGAGUCUGCAUCUGCUGCAGCGUGCAGGAGGUUGCCCUAGCUCUGCGGGACACUGCUGCCCUGGAGGGAGGUCCAUUGAGUCCCUAAAGCUGCAACAAGGAUGUCUCUGGCCAGGGGGAGGAUGGAUACGUCAGAUUUGAGGUAACCCCCUCAUUCCAUGUCUCUGCCCUGGCUACAAAUCGGAGCCUGCAUAGCUCGGUGUCAGCUGAAGGUGUGACCUGACGGGCACGGAGGCGUUGAGCAAAGCCUCCAGCCUCUGCUCUGCCCGCAGGAGCUGAGAGAAAUUGUUUGAGCAAAUGCUUGUCUCAGUAGGUUAACGCACAGGGCUGGCCCUGGUGGGAUUUUUACGAUUUCCGAAAUGUAAUCAGGAAGAUAAUUACUCCGAGCAGCUUGCUAGGCAUAGGAGCUUAAAAUAUGCACGUAUUGCCACAGAGAGAGAAAUCUACACUGCAGCUUCCAUGUAGUUGCAUGAUGGAUAGCGUUCUGGGAGGAUGUGAAAAACAUGAGUGCCUAACCUGCAGAGAACAAACCAAGCGGGAUGGCUGGCUGGACAGAUUUCUAACCCAUGGUGUUUACCUCGAGUUCCUGCCUCGCCACCGGCUCUGUGUAAUCUGGAAGGUGCAGAAUCCUCGAGCAUAACUGACCCCUGUUACAAGGCUAAUCUCUACAGGACAAGCUCUUAAUUAACGUAUAUGUACACUGGAAAACAUUUUCUCUUCUGGCCACCUCACUUUGAAAACAGAGGAAAAGUUUGGAUGAUUUGUUCUUUUGCUUAUCUAAGACUUUUGAAAAGAUCGUGAAAACAGCAAAGGUUACAGAACACAGGGUGCAGGUUGGCACUGCGAAGGGAGGAAAUGAAAGGUAUUUCUCCGGGAGACUCUUCCUAUAACUGUCACUGCCAACAUUUAGCACGUUUUUUUUCACUUCUUUCUCCUCAAAAGUAUUUUGCAGCUGGGUACAAGGCUUAUUUCUUGAAAUAAAUGUAACUGCGCAAACUCAUAGUAUUUUCUUAUCUCCUACAACACCAAUUGGCAACCAUUUAAUCGAGAGCCAAUGGCAUUUGUUACCCCAUGGCAAAAAAGAGCAGAGCCUGCUUGGUUCUGUUACGGCCCCGCAGCAGCUGCAGAGGGGAUGCUGCUCGGGCAGUGACAGCAGCUCAGAGCUCUUUUUCCCUACCACAGGCAGGUGAUUGAGGGCACGGAGGUUCUCCAGAGACUGGAAGCCGUACCGACGAACAACGGAAGGCCUACAGUGGACUGCAAAAUUUUGGACUGUGGGACCUUCCAGCCAUGAUCAACAGUUGGUUUCUCUG